ACUGUCUGGUAUCAGAGGACUUGCUAGGUUCUUUGGCCUUCUUUUUAUUUCCCUACAGAAAUUCUGCCCCUUAUCGGCACUCGAUAUUGUCCCCAUUGCCCCAUGGAUCCUAUCUUCUCCCAACACACUCACCGGGAGAAGUCCCGAAGCUCCCGGCGCGCAUUGGGCACUCAAAGUUGCCCGUAGCUGCCACUACGGAUGAUGCGAGAUGUCAAACUCAAUUCAUCGGGCCACCAGACGCUACGCAAUUACCGGCAUGUCUUAUACUUACUACCCGUAUCCAUUUUGUUGGUCUUUAAUCUCACCUGGGCACAUGAUCAAUAUUUCAGCCUUCAGAUUAUUGAGCACAUUUUAUUUCUGUCCUUGUUUUGGAGUUUGGUUAGGCUACCCUAUACUAAGGAUCAGGAACAACUAGCCCAAUGCUUUACCCCAGUUUUGAUCCAUGGUUCAAACUGAACUUACCCUGGAAGUUAGUACCUCACAGCACAACCCAUCCUGCACGUACUUUAUGGCUGUUCGAAUGCCGCCCCCAUCCCUCCUUCCAUUGUGAACACCGUUUGCAUGGAUUAUACGAAGUUCUACUAUAAAGCGGCGAUAGAUUAGGAAUAUUGUCCAUUCAUGCACAUCAUCCCAGUUUGCAAUAGUAAGAUCACAAGUCGCCACGCUGUCGCGCAAAGAAACGAUGCU